AACUUCGAACGCGGAGUGUCACAUCGUGUGGAACGAACCAUGAGCUGAGCCACACAUCAUCACAUGCACGCGCUCUCCAGCUACAGGCGCGCGGCAGUCCCAGGACAGUAUAAAAAUCCCGGCGAACUGUCCCAAGAGCACGGAAAGAACUGGAUUUCUUAGGUGUAUCUGUCUGUCAAUCAAUCAUGAAGGCGGUGGCAAUAAUCCUUGCUCUGGCAGUCAUCUCUGGCUGCCAUGCCCGCGCCGUGCGCCAGGCAGAGGCCCUCCAGAACCACUGGGAGGAGAACGUUGAGCGCUUCUGGACCUACGUGUCUGAGAUCAACAGCAGAGCCGACGGACUGGUGGAGAACCUCAAGGCCUCCCAGCUCAGCAGAGAACUCGACACCCUGAUCACUGACACCAUGGCUGAGCUGACCGUGUACAAGGAGGACAUCCAGACCAAGUUGGGCCCCUACGCCCAGGACACAGUCGCCCUGCUGGGCCAGGACCUGCAGCUUCUGACCACCAAGCUCCAGACCGACAUGGUUGACGCCAAGGAGCGCAGCACACAGUACCUGGGAGAGCUCAGGACCAUGAUGGAGCAGAAUGCUGAUGAUGUCCAAAACCGUGCCAACACCUACACCCGCAAACUGAAGAAACGCCUUAACAAGGACACCGAGGAGAUCCGCAACACCGUGGCCACCUACCUGGGUGAAAUCCAGUCCCGUACCUCCCAGAACAUGGAUCUCGUGAAGGAGCGUGUGGAGCCCUUUGUGAGUCAGGCCCACGACACCACCAUCCGGAGGCUGGGCAGCUUCACUGACCUUCUGAAGAACCAGGCCCAGGACCUGAGCCAGCAGGUCUCCACCCAGGCCGAAGGCAUGCGCGAGCAGCUGGAGGCCACCGCCGAGGACCUGCGCACCACCCUGGAGGGCAAGAUCGAUGAGCUCAGCAGCCUGAUCGCCCCCUACGCCGCCAAGAUCCGUGAGCAGCUCCAGACCGCCAUGGACAAAGUCAAGGAGAGCACUGUCUAAAUGGACCCAGGGGAGGGAGGGGUUUGGAGGACUGGUGUCCCGCCACUGCACCCCUGUUUAAGUAGGGGUGGGGUGGUGAAGCACUGUGCCACCAUUCACCUAGCUACCACAGAGAGGAGGAGGGAGUUAAGUGUUACUGAUGCUGUGUUGGCACUGUGUGUUUUGGUUGAGGGGGGUUGAUAGAGAGAGAGGGGUGAGGAUGAUAGAGCUUUGAAGGGGUCUUGAGCAGACAAACACAGUCCUUUAUGUCUGUUCAGGCCUGUUCAAACACACAAGAGGUCAUUGUUUUUAACUUGCUUUGCUUGUCUUCCUCGUUAUAAGUGCUCUAGAUGUCUCCUCCAAAUUGUUCUACUAAUCUGCAUCAGGUUUCUAAGGCUGCUAUAUGGGAUACAAGGGGGGUUGAAACAGUAUCUAACAAUCGUGAGCCAAAUUGUCUCUGGCCCAUUCCAGCGCUGUCCCUGUCCUUCAUUUCAAUAACUGCACUGAAUUAAGACUGGGCUUAUCUCCAGUACUAGCAUCAGUCUGUCCAGAACCAAAGGAGCAGAACCACUCCAUGCCUUGCUUGUCUAUGAUGCUGUAUCUACACCUGCUCUGUAGGCUCUGUAUUUGUUGUGAUUCAUAUAGAAGUGUAUUUACUAUGACUGUAUUAUGAUGCGAAUAUGACAAUGAAACUUAAAGGUAUACUUCACAGGGUCCAUAUACUACCUGUCUGUAAUUUUUCAGUUUGGCCAGAGUGUCUCUGCCACUUCACAAUGUAACACGCCCUGCUGCUCACUAUAGUACACUGUUGGUCUGGCUGACUGGCUGACUGGCUGUCUGGCUGACUGGCUGUCUGGCUGACUGGCUGUCUGGCUGACUGCAGUGUGCUACCCAGCGCUGCGUAAAUAAAAUAUGCUUGUUGCUCAA